AUGUCUAACUUCAAAAAUUAAUUUAAUUAAUCAAAUACAAAAAGAUGUGUAAUUUAACCUUACGUUUAGAGGAAAUUCGUUUAAAAGCAAGUUAAAAUACCCUGAUUUUUAUGUCUAUAUUUUUUCCUCUAUCACGCUUAGUCUCAGUUCAUUUUUUUUUUCCUCUAUGUUUUGAUCAUCCUCAUUUCGUUUUUGCUUUCGCGUUUCCCGCCCUUCUUAAGUUUGGACUCUGGAGUUAGAAGCCGUUAUUGUUUUAUAAGUUAAUUCGAUCAAGCAGUGCCUAUUUUCCAUGUUCAUUUUCUUUUAGCCAAACGCUGGAUGUUCUCUCGUCUUUUUUGUCUCUCUCAUCACAACCUAACUAAAUCAUUAUCACAGUCUAUCAUCACUCUCAUUCAUGCAGUUGUGGAAAUCGAAAAUCCCUACCUUCUCUUAACCGCUUCAUCUUAGGGAUUCCUUGUCCAUUGAGUUCUCUACACUUCACGGAUAGAUCAAAAACUUUAGCAACCUUAAGGAAUGACAGAAGAACACAAGGAAUCCUCACCUGCAGAUUCAAAGGAGAAAAAAUCAUCCCGAGGUGAUGAAAUUGGAAAGAAUUUUCUUAGCUCCUGGAAGUCCAUGUCAAUGGCAGAUGAUGAUGCAAUUGACUUUGGCUUUGACACAGUUUCUAAAGGAAAGAAGAAGCCAUUUGAUUUUGAAAAAAUGGACCUUAAUUUUAAUCUGGAUGGUGAGUUUGACAAGAUAUCAUCAUUUAAGUUGGACAUGUCAGAUCUUGAUUUUACAUGCCCGCCAAAGAAGAAUGCCCAGUCUAAGGAUAAGAAAGGAGAAAUUUCUGGUGCAAAAGGAGGAAAGCAAGAUGAGUUUAAUUUCAGCUUUGAUUUUAAUGAGUUGGAUAGCUUCAAUCUUGAUUCAAGCUUCGUGCAAGUAGAUACUACUUCCAACAGUAGUCCAAGAGAAAAGGUAGUAAGCAACGAAGGAAGUGAUAAAGAAGGUGCUAAAAGGCCUAAAACCAAUAACGAUGAAGGUGCUGAUGCAUCUGUUGAUAGCACGGCUGUGAAGUCCCAUGCACCAGAGGAGCUUGAAACUUUUAAGGCUGAGACUAUGGUUGGUAGCCUAGGGAAUCUAGUUUUCAAACAGGAUGGUCCUGUUUCCAGAAUUUCAUCCUCUGGAAAUCUUGACAUGCAAGAAAUAAACUUACCUGAGAAGGCAAAUUUAACAGAAUCAGUAUCUGAGCAGGUUAAAAAUGUGCCAUAUUCUCAAUCAGUAGGUCAGAGUGAUUCAGAACAGCACACUAUCUCAGACCAGCAUACGGAGGUUAUUUCAUCAGGAACAGGAGUCAGUAAUGUAUCUGGAGAUAAUCAAGAAAUUAGUCUUAGAACAACAUAUCAAUGUACAGAAAAGUUUUCUUCCGGAACCAGAAAAAUUAAUGUUUCGGAUGACAGGCAAGAGAUUAAUGAUAAGGCAACAAAUAUGAAGCUUGAUACCGCUGACUUACAAUUGGAGCAUUCCUCCCCACAUCACAUCACUAAGUCAGAUAACAGUGUUGGAGAAGCAAUUGCUCUAGGUAGAAAUGCCCAAGGAGUCACUAAUGACCCUCAGCCAGAAAAUAGGUAUACAAGUUAUGAAAAUAUUACUAAAGCUGAUGCCUUGAAGAAGAUUUCAUGUGACAAUGACAACAAAGAAAAAAAAGAAACAACUUCAGUGUGUGAUUUGGCUCUUGGAAGGAGUAAAUCUGUAGCGGAAAACAUGGUGUUGAUUAAAGAUAAUAAACUCCAUGAUAUGCAGUCAAGUGCGUUUAGCACACCAGAGGGCAACAGAUCUUUAAAACAACCAUCAACAGUUGGGACCAAGGGUAUUUCCCUUGGCAACAAAAAAAAUGCUGACAUGGUCCUUGGAUCCAUCACUCAAAAACGGGAGAACUUGAGGUCAAAAGACACAAGAUUUGGAAGCAAAAUGACAGAUGAUUCCAUCACGGAUUCCAGCAAACUAAUGAGGGAUGCAGGAGCAUUGCUCGGUAGUAAAGAUGAUCUUAGAAGUAGUAGCAAUACCAGGGAGGGCAUUGUUUGUGAUGUUACACCAUGUUCAGGAACGUUGGCAGGAAAUAAACAAUCAUUUUGUGAAGAAGUAAAUAACAGCAAGAUCACAUGUCUAGAAAGGGACGUGCCGAACAAAGAUGUUCAUAUGUUGAGUUCUCAAGUUAAUAUGUCCUGCUUAACAGAGAAGACAGCUAGAAUUACUAACCAAGCAGUAUCUGUAAAUUCUCAACCAGAAGCUUCAGGCAAGGAGUCUUCUCACAAAUCAAGGAUAACUUCCGUUGAAGGAAAUAAACUUACUUCGAAAAAUUGCAAGGUCACUUCUGCUCUUUCAAGCUUAAAAACUUCAAGGAUUCUAACAACUUCUUUAAACCAACAAGGAACAAACUCCAUAGUAAGCUCUGGCCAGAGCAUUCAGAUACAGGGUAUUACAGCACCAAAGAAUGACAAUCCUAUUGACAUCGGUAACAAUCAGAAGCCUUCAACCCCAUUCUUGAAGAGAAAAACUAUUGAGGUUUCAGAAGCUGAUUUUACAUCGUUGAGGUCCCUAAAGCGUAUCUCUCAGUCUCUUAGUAAAAGCAGAGGUUCUAAAGAAUCUUCAGAAGAAGUUAUUGGAGAGGUGGAGAGUAUCCCCAACAAUUUACUUUACAAUCAUUCAACCCCUGGACUUAAAAGUCCAUCAGAGAUUAAAGUGAUGGAAGUGGAAAUACCUAAUUCUAUGCUCAUGGAAGAUAACAGCAACGUUGAAAAGGCUGAAGCUUACAUGAAAGAACUUGAAGAUAUUUGUAACAUGCUGAAAAAGAAGCACGAUGAAGCAAAAGACUUGUUAAUUCGAGCCAUAGUAAACGACAAUAACUUGCUGAUGCUUAAUCAUCCCAUUUAUGAAGAAGAAAUUCGGAAGGUUCAGAAAUUUGCUUCCCAGUUGAUGUCUAAGGAGAUCCAAACUUGAUCGGCUACAAAUUAUUGCAUUCGGAGGUAUGUAUGUGGAAAGAUCUUUGCUACGUGUUUGCCUAUUCUAAACAAAAAUUGUCAGGUAUUAGUAAUCAUCAAUUUAAGGACUGAAUACAUGUAUUCCUUCAGCGUUAUCUGAACUUAUCUAACAUUUGUUUUCCUUACAAUAAGAAAUUGUGAAAAAAAUUUCAUUUGUUUGAUC